AUGUGCGGUGGCCACGGACAAGCAGGGCGUCGUAGUGAGUCGCAGCCAGUGUAUUUGAAGGUCGUGCGCCUCAGGAAGACGAGCUACCCUGUGAACGGCGCUCCGUUGGCCAGCGUCUACAAUGCUCCCGCGACGGCUGUCAACAGCGCGCCUGCCGGCACUGGUACCACCUACAGUAACGCCGCGCCUGGACGUGGAAACGCCAAUGCCAAUGCGAACGACGGCAACAACCCCAGCGGCGACUCGAGCAAGACCGUCACCGUCUUGAACGGAGACGGCACGUCCAACACGGCAUCUGUGACGAGCAGCAACGGUGCCGCGAUGACGGGCGGCGCAUCGGCGAGCGCUACGGCGAGUGCGUCUGCAAGUGCGUCGGCUAGAGCCACGGCUGGAACGUCGUCUCAGAAGGCGUACCGUCAGCUUCGUUCGGUGGAGUAA